CGGGCACCACAGCUCUCAUUUUGAACCGAAGAAGAUGGCUGGUACCUCUGCUUCCGGGUGGAAGAUCGCGGACACGACAUGGAUCCGCAUGCAGCAGAAGUCGUUCACCAAGUGGGUGCAGCUGCACUUGAACAAGGUGGGCGCGACGCUCGAGGACCUGGAGAAGGACUUUGAGAACGGACUCCUGCUGAUCACGCUCGCGGAGGUGCUUUCGGGCGACAAGGUCUCUGCCAAGCCGAUCAAGAAGUGCAAGCUCCGGAUCAUGAAGAUCCAGAACGUGUCGCUCGCGCUCGAGCUGCUCAACACGCGGUGUCGGCUGGACUCGAUUUCUGCCGAGGACGUGGUGGACUGCAACCUGAAGCUCAUUCUGGGUAUGAUCUGGACGAUUAUCCAGAAGUUCGACAUUGCGGACAUUUCCGAGGAGGAGCUCAACGCCAAGGACGCGCUCCUGCUUUGGUGCCAGAAGAAGACGAAAAAGUACGACAACGUGGACAUUACCAAUUUCCACCGGUCGUGGAAGAACGGGCUUGCGUUCUGCGCCAUCAUUCACGCGCACAAGCCGAACCUCAUCCCGUACGAGACGCUCUCUGCCGGCAACGACGCGGAGAACCUCGAGCUUGCGUUCUCUGUUGCGGAGGAGCAGCUCGGCAUUCCGCGGUUCCUCGACGUGGCGGACAUGGUCGAGUCUGAGAAGCCAGACGAGCGGUCUGUGAUGACGUAUGUCUCGCAGUACUACAAGUACUUUGCGGCGGGCUCCAAGGGCGAGACUGCGGCGCGGCGGAUCAACAAGCUCAUCGAGCUGACGCGGGCCAACGACGCGCUGAAGGAGGACUACGCGGCGCGGGCUGCUGCGCUUGCGCAGUGGAUCUCGGACAAGACGGACCACUUUAACGGGAUGGAGUGCGAUGGGACGGUCGAGGACGCGAUUGCCAAGCUCGACGAGCUCGGCGAGUACAAGGCCAACGAGAAGCCGCCCAAGUCUGCGGAGAAGCUUGACCUCGAGGCGCUGAUGCAGAGCCUUGCGCUCAAGCUCAAGCAGGCGAACCGGCCUGCAUGGGUGCCCGAGGACGGCAACACGCCCGAGAAGCUGCAGGAGCUGUGGGACGCGCUCGAGGAGGCUGAGCGGCUCCGGCUGGCGGCGCUCCGUGCCGAGAAGGCGCGGCUGGAGAAGGUGGCCAACCUCGUGGGCCGGUUCAACCGCAAGGCGGCUGCACUCGAGAAGUGGAACGACGAGAAGGCCAACUACCUCAACCUGCGCGAGGACAUUGACACGAUGGCUGCGGCGCGUUCUGCGCUCAAGAUCUACGAUGCGUACGAGGGUGAAGCCAAGAAGGCCGUGCCGCGGCUGCAGGUUGUCAACGACCUCGGCGCGGAGAUUGUGGCGCUCAACUACGCCGAGUCUGACGCGGUGCAGGCGCGGGUGGACGCGCUCAACGCGGCGGCGGAGGAGCAGAAGGGCCUUGCCAAGGCCAAGUCUGACUACCUGUGGGAGUGCGUGGAGCGCGAGGAGCUGAAGGACGCCAAGCGGAAGGAGUUUGCCGAGAAGGCCAAGGCAUACAUGAAGUUCUGCCACAGCUCGAAGAUUGCGCUCUCGGACACGACGUUUGGCGGGAACGACCUCGAGUCAGUGCGUGGCUACGAGGCGACGCUCGACGCGUCUGACGCCGAGAUUUCGGGCCAGUCGACGGAGCAGCUGGAGGCCAUCCAGGCCGUGGCUGCCGAGCUUGCUGAGCUUGGUGUGACCGACAACAAGUACACGCCGCUGACUGUCGACGACACAGUGGCCGCCGGCGCGUCUGUGGACGCAGCGAUCGAGGCGCGGCGCGAGGCGUAUGCGGCCGAGCUCGAGCGCCAGGAGGCGAUGGAAGCGAAGCGCAUCGAGUUUGCCGAGGCCGCGCAGGCGUUUGUCGACUACCUCGGCGCGCAGCGGACCACGGUCGACGCGGCCGAGGGAGAGCCGGACGCGGUGGCCGAGGCCGUCAAGGCCGAGUACGCGGCGGGCGAGCCGGCCGAGGCCGAGCUGGCCAAGGUUGCGGCGAUUGACGCCGAGGCGCGCGCGCUGCGGAUCACCUCGAACCCGCACACGACGCUGACGCUUGCGCAGCUCCGCGGGAAGCUCGGACACCACAAGGUGUACGUUCGCAACUACCUGUACGAGCUCGAGGAGGAGGAGCGGCUCAAGAAGGACUACACCUCGCGUGCUGAGGAGCUCGUUGCCUGGAUCGACGAGACAACGCCCAAGCUCGAGGUCGAGGUGGUGAGCGGUGGGAGCCUUGACGACGCGCGUGCUGGCGUGGCCGAGUUCAACGCGUACCGGACGGGCGAGAAGGGCGCCAAGGCCGGGCUCAAGACCGAGAUCGAGGCCCUUGCCUCGCAGCUCGACACCAUCCUCUCCGCGUCGGAGCACAACCGGCCGCCGUUUGCGCCGCCGGCCGAGUUCUCGCUCGAGACGAUCGGCUCCAAGUGGGCGGCGCUGGUGGCGGCCGAGGAGGCGCGCGGCACGGCCCUCAUGGCCGAGCUUGACCGGCAGGAGCAGAUUGCCUCGCUCGUCCGCCAGUUUGAUGGCGACGCAACCGAGGUCCUCGGCUGGAUCGACCGCAAGGAGGAGUACCUCGGCGCCGAGGCCGCCACCGGCUCGGUGACGGCUGCCCAGGUUCAGCUUGUGGUGCUUGACGCCUUUAACAAGGACUACGAGAAGAAGGCUGCCGCCAAGGACAAGCUCCUCGACGUGGCGGCCAAGCUCGCCGAGCUCGAGUACGCCGAGGUCGAAGCUGUCAACGACAAGGCACAGGAGGCGUCGGAGCGGUUCGAGGCGCUCGCGGGCAUGGCUGCCGAGAAGCAGGAGACGCUGCAGGCUGCGCUCGAGUCGGAGCAGGCCAAGGAGGCUGCCCGUGUGGCGUUUGCCAAGGGCGCGUCCGACUACAUCCGCUGGGUCCGCGACAUGCUCGACACGGUGACGACCCACGAGUUUGGCUCGAACCUCGAGGAGGUCGAGGCGUACGCCGCGGCGCUCGAUGCCGACGACGAGCAGGUCUCAGGCUCGAACGACUCGAAGCGUGACGAGGUGCUCGCGGCGGCGGCCAAGCUCGAGGAGCUCGGGACGACCGCGACGACCAACGUGACGGUCGACGACAUCGCCAACGAGCACGCCUCGCUGGUGGAGGCCAUUGCGGCGCGGCGGACGGCACUCGAGGCCGAGCUCGAGCGGCAGAACCAGAUCGAGGCCAAGUGCGUCGAGUUUGGCGAGGCUGCGCAGGCCUUUGUCGAGUGGGCCGACGCCCAGACCAAGGCCGUCGACGAGGUCGACGAUGAGGACAUCGACGCGCGCAUCGCAGCGACCGAGGCCCUCUACGCCGACGGCGCCCCGCUCGCCGAGGCCUUUGCCCCGGUCGAGGCCCUCGACGCCGAGGUCUCGGCGCUGGGUGUGACCGGCAACAAGCACACCGAGUACUCGAUGUCGCAGCUGGAGAAGAAGAAGGCGCUCUACACCACCAUUGUCAACUCGUCCAUCGAGAACCUUAAGGACGAGAAGGCGCUGGCGGAGCGCGCGGCGGCCCAGGCUGCCGAGUCGGCCGAGAAGGAGCGGCUCGAGACGCUGCGCAUCGACUACGUGUCGGCGGCCCAGGCCGUCAACGUGUGGCUCGACAACCUCGAGGAGGCCGUGUCGGAGGAGCUCUCGGAGCUCGAGACCAUCGAGGCCGUGGCCGAGCAGCAGACCGAGUUUGACGCCGCCGUGGCCGACCGCGAGGCGCAGGAGGCGGCGUACGCCAAGUGCCAGGAGCUCGCGGCCCAGCUGACUGAGGCCGGGCAGGACGACUUUGGCGGCUUCCCGGUCGCCGAGGUCCAGGCCAAGUGGGAGGCUGCGACCGGCAAGAUCGACGAGCGCGCCGAGGCGCUCGCGGCCGCCAAGUCGAAGCAGGAGGGCGACCAGAAGCUCCGCGACGCCUUUGACGCCGCAGCCACCGAGCUCGACGGCUGGCAGUCGGCCAAGAUGGCCGAGCUCAACCAGCCGCCCGAGGGUGAGCUGGAGGCCCAGCUGACUGCUGCCAAGGCCAUUCUUGACGAGUGCCAGAACGCCGGCCGCGAGAAGCUCGUUGCCGCCGAGAACGCCGCCGAGGCCCUCCUCACCGCCGGCAUCCGCACCCUCUCCAACUACAACAUUGACGGCCUCCGCGUCGAGUACGACCAGGUUGUCGCCGUCGCCGCCGGCAAGGUCCAGGACAUCUCGUCGUCGAUCGCUGCCGCCGCCUCGUCGGAGAUCUCGCCCGAGCAGAUCGACGAGUUCACCCAGGUCUUCUCGCACUUUGACAAGUCGUCCAAGGGCGCUCUCACCAAGCUCGAGUUCAAGGGCGCCCUCCAGGCGCUCGGCGAUGAGAUGGACGAUGACGAGCUCGAGGCCUGCAUGUCCAAGACCGACGCAAACGGCAACAAGCUCAUCGAGCUCGAUGAGUUCCUUGCCUUUGUCUCCUCGCGAACCGUCGACCACGACUCGCUCGAGGAGAUCGAGGCUGCCUUCUCGCAGCUCACCAACGGCGCCGACGUCAUUACCGAGGCCCAGAUGCUCGAGGCGCUCCCGGCCGAGGAGGUCGAGUUCCUCAAGACCGUCAUGCCCGAGGUCGAUGGUGGCUACGACUACAAGACUUGGGCGUCCGAGGCGUUCUCGCGUUAAACUCACUUUUUCUAUGC